GAGAGAGAGAGAGAGAGAGAGAGAGAGAGAGAGAGAGAGAGAGAGAGAGAGAGAGAGAGAGAGAGAGAGAGAGAGACUAGUGGAGAAGUGAGGAGGGGCGCGCUGCGCGAGAAGGAGACAGGGCGAGCAGAGGCGGCUCUCGCGCUCACAUUCCUCUAUGCCACAAAUCCGGGAAGAAGUUUUAUUGGGGGGCUGAGAUGUUCUAUGCCUUUCCCCGGGCAGCCUUGACUCGAGGCCCUCUCGGCAGAGACUGAGCGGCGAGAAAGUGCGAGCCCGGCCGGCGCGGUUGGAGCGGCAGGCGCCGGAGCCCGCCUUCUACCGGCCGGCAGUCAUCCGGCUUGCGUGCCUUUGGCCCGGCGGGCGCCGGCUUGCGCCUGGCCGCUGCCUGCUGGCUAAGACUUCGUUAGGUGGGUCGAUUCCCCCUCCCUCCUCCUCUUCUUCCUCCUCUUCCUCCGCCUCCCGUUCCUCCUCCUCCUCCUCCUGAUCUUCCCUCCUUGGCUGGUGAGGGUGGGGGGGGCGGGGGAGGCCGGGGCUUGCCCCGUGCAGCCACGAUGCUCCUGGACGCCGGCCCCCAGUAUCCCGCGAUCGGUGUGACCACCUUUGGCGCAUCCCGGCACCACUCGGCGGGCGACGUGGCCGAGCGAGACGUGGGCCUGGGUAUCAACCCGUUCGCCGACGGCAUGGGCGCCUUCAAGCUCAACCCCAGUUCGCACGAACUGGCCUCGGCGGGCCAGACAGCCUUCACGUCGCAGGCGCCCGGCUACGCCGCUGCUGCGGCCCUGGGCCACCAUCACCACCCGGGCCACGUCGGCUCCUACUCCAGCGCAGCUUUCAAUUCUACGCGGGACUUUCUGUUCCGCAACCGGGGCUUCGGCGACGCGGCGGCGGCAGCUAGCGCCCAGCACAGUCUCUUCGCUGCUUCGGCCGGCGGCUUCGGGGGCCCACACGGCCAUACGGACGCCGCGGGCCACCUCCUUUUCUCUGGGCUUCACGAGCAGGCGGCGGGCCACGCAUCGCCCAACGUGGUCAACGGGCAGAUGCGGCUAGGCUUCUCCGGGGACAUGUACCCGCGGCCGGAGCAGUACGGCCAGGUGACCAGCCCGCGAUCCGAGCACUAUGCCGCACCUCAGCUUCACGGCUACGGGCCCAUGAACGUGAACAUGGCUGCACACCACGGCGCUGGCGCCUUCUUCCGCUAUAUGCGCCAACCCAUCAAGCAAGAGCUUAUCUGUAAAUGGAUCGAGCCGGAGCAGCUGGCCAACCCCAAAAAGUCGUGCAACAAAACUUUCAGCACCAUGCACGAGCUGGUCACGCACGUCACCGUGGAGCACGUCGGCGGCCCAGAGCAGAGCAACCACAUCUGCUUCUGGGAGGAGUGUCCGCGCGAGGGCAAGCCCUUCAAAGCCAAAUACAAACUGGUCAACCACAUCCGCGUGCACACCGGCGAAAAGCCCUUUCCCUGCCCGUUCCCUGGCUGCGGCAAGGUUUUCGCGCGUUCAGAGAACCUCAAGAUCCACAAAAGGACGCACACAGGGGAGAAGCCCUUCAAGUGUGAGUUCGAAGGCUGCGACCGGCGCUUCGCGAACAGCAGCGACCGCAAGAAGCACAUGCAUGUGCACACGAGCGACAAGCCCUACCUUUGCAAGAUGUGCGAUAAGUCCUACACGCACCCCAGCUCUCUGCGCAAACACAUGAAGGUCCACGAGUCCUCUUCUCAGGGCUCACAGCCUUCGCCCGCCGCCAGCUCCGGGUACGAGUCGUCCACGCCACCCACCAUCGUGUCUCCCACCACAGACAACCCGACCACCAGCUCCAUGUCGCCCUCCUCCUCCGCGGUCCACCACACAGCCGGCCACAGCGCGCUCUCUUCCAAUUUUAACGAAUGGUACGUUUAAAAUCAGAAACAAAACAUGCCAAACCCUAUUUAAGAGACUGAACACACGCGUACACACAAUAUUAUUGAAAGAAUCCUGAAAAUCAAAACACCCCUCGUCCCGAUUCCGCGAACGUUUGCUUGUUUUUGUUUUUAAAUCUGCCGGUAUAUCCAGGACUGAGUAAAACAGAGGAAACAGCAAGCCUUUAAAUUUUUUUCAUUUUCUUUUUUCUUUCUUUUUUCUUUUCUUUCUUUACUUUUCUUU